AUAUGGCGGCGUCACUCCGGCGACCGGAGACCCGGCUCUUCCGGACAUAUGGGGCUGCUGGUGGCGGAAAACCGCGGCGACGGCGGUCGGGCCGGCCAGCCGCACACUGGUUCCCGCCAAAGAACCAGGAGCAUUUGUUCAGUAGCAGCGACGCCAGCAGCGGCCGCUCCCAGUCUGUUGCUUCCGACGAUCCUGACGACCCUGACUUCCCAGGUAGCCCUGUCGGCCGACAGCCAAGGCGUCCUGGCGGCAGAGUCUCCAAGACCCGGCCCACGCUGGCCGCAACCCCGAAACACCUGAGGCUGCGACCUCGGCCGCCACAGAAGUGCAGCACCCCUUGCGACCCGCUCCGACCGCCGCCUUUCCCCAGCAGCCGCCCAGAUGUCCUCAGCCCGGACCUCGGAGUGUGCAGCCAGCCCAGGGACGGCGACGAGCUGGGCACCAGUGCCUCCCUGUUCAGCGCUCCGGCCUCGACCGACCUCGGGCCGCCCGCGCCAGAAAACAGUAUCAUCUCCAUCGGCUCCUCCACCUGCUCUGAUGCAACCUCUGCUGUUAUGAGCUGUUCCCCCGUCCCAGCAGCCUCACGGGACCAAGCAUCCCUGCCCUACUCCCAGGAAACAUUGAGAGAAGGCCGAUUCAACAGGAUGGUCCGCCGAGCUCGUGCAAGUCUCAGGUCAGCUCUCUUUAGCCUCAUGGACCCAGGAAAUCCUGAGAAUUCUGAGUUUGGAACAGAUGGGAAGAAUAUGAAGGAGUCCUGUGGUGAAAGACAGCUGACAAGAAACAGGCUGAAGAACUUGGAUCUGAGAAGUCAAGGUAAGAGAAUCACAGAGCAGGGCUCUCUUCAAAAGCUGGGGUAUCAACGGGCAAUCCGGAAAGAUUGUGACGAGGCCAUUGGUUGCAAGGGCUUAGUUGCACCAGAGAAAAUCAACAGGCCUAAGAGAACUGGGCUAAGCCGUAAGAGAAAACACGAUGAAGUGGAAACCUCUCUCUUCCAUGACCUCCAGUUUAAAAGGGGCCAAAAGACAGGGAAGGAUUCAUUCCUCUCUCAGGACCUGACUCCUUCGAAGGCCUGUUCUUGGGUUAAAACUAAGGCCUCCUUUAGUUUCCACAAAAAAAAAGUGGUGACUGAUAUGUCAGAGAUGUGCAGCAGCUAUACCAUUGCCAGUUCUCUUUCUGAGUCCCUCCUAUCAGAAAAUGCAAGCCCUUCUGUCAUGAACAGAACAAAUAGUGCACUGGACCCUUGGCACUCCUCUUCCAUGUAUUUGCUAAGCCCCUUAAGGAGUCUAUGUGUUGCAGACAAAAAGGCUUCUGAUGCUGAAAAGGUCUAUGGGGAAUGCAAUCAGGAAGGCCCAAUCCCCUUUAGUUACUGCCUUUCCCAGGAAAAACUAGAACAUUGUGAGAAGAUUGGGGAAGGAGUUUUUGGUGAAGUGUUUCAAACAAUUGCUGAUAACAUACCUGUAGCUCUAAAAAUCAUUGCUAUUGAAGGAGCAGAUUUAGUGAAUGGAUCCCAUCAGAAAACCUUUGAGGAAAUCUUACCAGAAAUUAUCAUCUCCAAAGAGUUGAGCCUCUUGUCUGGUGAGUCAUCCAACCGUACAGAAGGCUUUAUUGGACUGAACUCGGUGCAUUGUGUUCAAGGUUCUUACCCUCCCUUGCUGCUCAAAGCUUGGGAUCACUAUCACUCAACUAAAGGUUCUGCAAAUGACCGGCCUGACUUUUUUGAGGAAGACCAACUCUUCAUUAUACUGGAAUUUGAGUUUGGUGGGAUUGACUUAGAACAAAUGAAAACACAGUUGCACUCCAUAGCUACUGCAAAGAGCAUUCUACACCAGAUCACAGCGUCCCUUGCAGUAGCAGAGGCAUCACUGCAUUUUGAGCACCGAGACUUACACUGGGGGAAUGUGCUUCUAAAGAAAACCAAUCUCAGAGAGCUCCACUACACCCUCAAUGGGAAGACAAGAACGAUCCCUACCUGUGGACUACAAGUCAACAUCAUUGACUACACCCUGUCACGGUUGGAGCGGGAUGGGAUUGUGGUUUUCUGUGACAUUUCUAUGGAUGAGGACCUAUUUACAGGUGAAGGUGAUUACCAGUUUGAGAUCUACAGGCUCAUGAGGAAAGAGAACAACAACUGCUGGUGUGAAUAUCAUCCUUAUAAUAAUGUGCUCUGGCUACAUUACCUCACAGACAAGAUCCUGAAUGACAUGACCUUUAAGAAAAAAUGUAACACCCCUUCUUUAAAGCAAACAAAGAAAAAGAUCCAGUAUUUCCAUAGGACAGUGCUUAACUUCAGCUCUGCCACUGACCUGCUCUGCCAACAUAGUCUAUUUCAGUAAGCAAGAAAUGUGUCUUAGUGCCCCACAGUCAAGAGGGCACUGGUCUGGAAGCCUCCAGUAUUGUUUUCAGAUUGCGUCCCUAGACCAGGUUGGAGAUAAAAUUUCCAUUCUUACAGUUCCAGCACUUUUGUUUUCAAAUGGAAAAAAAAAAAAUGUUUGUUGAAAUGAUUGAACUAGCCAGGGGGGAUAGCUCAGCUGCAUAAGCGCCUGCCUGAAAUUAUUAAACUUGCUGUUAACAAAUGUUCUUAAAAAAUAAAUUACAUCUGUGGAGGACUUCUCUAAAUCGCUGUGCAUUCAGGUUUUGUCUCAUCAGCUCCUUCACUGAUGUACUAUGCACAGCACCAAAUUGUUAUAUGCUUUAUAUUGUUAAUACUUGUCUACAUCCUUUUGUUACUCCUAGUUUAGCUAUUAGAGGAACUUUAGGCUCAAACAAAAAUUAAGCAGGUGAAUAAGUUACAUAUAAGAACAGGUUUUUAUAACUUGUAAAUCCUCUAAUUGUAACCAAGGCCAGCCCUGGCUUUAGUUGUACUGAUGCUGUUGCUUGAGGUAACAAGGCUGGCUUUGGA